AUGUCCCUUUGCAAUUCGACUACAUCAUUAGCAGUUCGAAUUAUCCUGAAGAUUUUCAGGUCGUCUGCAAAAACAAAAACAUUUAUUCUCUGCUCUCAAACAGGUUUUGUGCUAACGAUGGAGUUGGUUGGAGCGAGUAAACGUACGGCAUGUGGAAUUUCGUUUCAAGCUGCUUUUGCCGGUGGUAUCAUGUUGGUGGCUGCUUGGGGAGCCAUAAUUCCAGACCGCAAAUGGCGAAGGGGUUGUGGCAAAUGGUUACAAGUUAUUUAUGGGUUACAUAGCUGUUUGCUGCUAUUUCAUUAUUGGCUGAUGGAUGAAUCACCAAGAUGGUUAUGGGCUCAAGGACGUCGGGAGGAGGCUGUUAAAAUCGUUGCCAAAGGAGUUAAAUGGAAUAAAAACGGAAUUCCAUUGGAUGAACAAUAUUAUCUAUCCAAAGCCAAGUAUAUGUCGACCAACACGUAA